ACUAAAUAAUACGAGAACGGAACGACAACUCGCGGGAACAGUCCGAACCCAACGAGGAAAAACCAGCAGACAACAAAAUCCUGCUUACUUCCUUUGAUAAACAAUAUUGGCCAGCCAGCAACACCAAAACCAUGGAAGUAGAGCCCGACACCGCAUCAACUUCUGUUUCGUCAUCGAGCGGAGACGGGAGCUCUAACGACGAAUCUUCAUCAUCUYCAAUGUCGACCGACGGCCCCGGCUCCGUGAGAACAGGAAACGGUGGUAGCAACGUUGGUGAAUCCUCGGCGUCCUCCUCCGAAAAAACCUACAACGACCUAGAGGGCUGGUUGUCCAAGCUUUCCGUGGGAACGCCCCUCGCCGAAACUGAAGUGAAGUCUCUUUGUGACAUGGCUCGCGAAACACUGCUGAACGAAUCUAACGUACAGCCGGUCCCGGCUCCCGUGACGGUGUGUGGGGAUAUUCACGGUCAGUGGCACGAUCUCAUGGAACUCUUUCGAAUCGGUGGAAGCGCACCAGAUACCAACUAUUUGUUCAUGGGGGACUAUGUCGAUAGAGGAUAUUACAGUGUCGAAACGGUUUCGAUGUUGGUAUGUCUAAAGGUGCGCUAUCCGGACCGAGUCUUUGUCCUGAGGGGCAACCAUGAAUCGCGCCAAAUCACCCAGGUCUACGGAUUUUACGACGAGUGCGUGCGGAAAUACGGUUCCGCGAACGUUUGGAAAUUAUUUACGGACCUUUUUGAUUAUUUUCCGCUAACAGCGCUGGUGGAGCAUUCAGUGUUUUGCUUGCACGGAGGCCUGAGCCCCUCCAUCGACACGCUGGAUCACGUGCGACAGCUAGAUCGCGUACAAGAAGUUCCCCACGAGGGGCCCAUGUGCGAUUUGCUGUGGAGUGAUCCGGACGAUCGAUYAGGGUGGGGAAUCAGUCCCAGGGGAGCCGGUUUUACCUUUGGCAUGGACAUUUCGCAGCAAUUCAACGAACGAAACGGUCUGAGCCUCGUGGCUCGGGCUCAUCAGCUCGUCAUGGACGGGUACAAUUGGUCCCACGAGCGUGCCGUGGUCACAAUCUUCAGCGCUCCGAAUUAUUGCUACCGAUGCGGAAACCAAGCUGCGAUCAUGGAAGUCGACGAAGCUCUAAACAAGACUUUUUUGCAAUUCGAUCCCGCACCAAGGCGUGGUGAACCCCAUCUGGGCCGGAAAACACCUGAAUAUUUUUUAUAAACACAGUAACAGCAAAAAGAAUUGAUAUAAUAUACAGCCUGUUUUUUG